AUGCUGCUUCUGUACCUUCUGACAAGCCAAAUUAUCAGAAACGUCAAAAGCUUUCAAGAGAUGAAAGGAAAGCCAUGGUGGAGUCUUUUGUGAAGAAGUACAGAGAAACAAAUGAUGGGAAAUUUCCACAUGUUAAGCAUACUAUGAAAGAAGUUGGUGGCAGUUACUAUGUUGUUCGAGAAAUCAUUCAGGAGUUAAAAUACAAGUCCAAAUUGAAUUCUUCAAGCAACAUGGAUAAGAAUUUGGCGGGAAAAGAUAACAUCAGUGUGAAUAAAUUUGGGACCACUGAAACUGUAAAGGUUCCCUCUGAUACUACUGAGACUGCCAAAGACAGGCCUAUCCAAGAUGACGGUCAAUUGGCCAUUUUAGAUGAAAUUGAUGCUGGGAAUGAGCAUCGGGAAGAUGAGAGAAGGCCACCAAUUACCUCAUAUGAAGGGAGCUUGUCUAGAGAAGCUGUAAUCACCUCUUCUCCUGACAAUCAUUUAUUUGCUGAUGAAAGUGACCGGUUGCAAAGAGAAGCUGAACAUUCCAAAUCGAAUCAGUGGACACCAACUGAUUUCAGGACUGAGGAAGCGGAGUCUAGUUGUUCUGAUUUUGUUGUUUCUGAAACUCGUCCAAUGAAAGAUGAGGUGCAUGACAUUUCUGCUCCUUGUAGUGAAAUGUCUGGAAGUAGUCAGAGCAAAGAUCUCGAUUCUGAGUUAUCUGAUACGGAAAAUCAUAUGAUAAUGAAGAAAACGAACAUUGAGAAAGCUGGACGUGAGAGAAGAGAGCAUGAUGCGUUGAGAGACCUUCCCAGUAUUGACGGUCCAAAGCAUACAAUGGAGCAAGUUCAUGGAACCUCAGAAGUGAGUGAGUCAAAAAUAGACAACUCUAAUAGGGAGAUCGGUGAUGCUGAGGCUCCAAAGAAAACAACUUUGUGGGGAAGUCUGAAGUCAUUUGCGGAUGGCAUCAUGAACAUCUGGAAAAAACUAUGAAGUCAUGUGUUGCAACUUAGAAGAAAUUUAAUCUUCACUUUACAACUGACGGUGUUUCCAAUUAGGGGUCAUGAACAUUGUCUGCUGUGUUCUUGCCUGACAACCUUAUUGCAAAAUUUUGCAUCUCCAUUCCGGGAAUUUCCUGACUUUUCUUGAGGCUUUUCGGUUAACUUUCUUUCAGUGCUCGAGCUGACAGCUCAUUUGUACAGGAGUUUCUAUUCUCUUGCUGUAGGGAAGAAAAAUGAUUUUGAUCAUGCGGAUGGUUUCUUGUAUGUUACAAACAAUUGGAAGGGAUAUAUAGAAUGUUGCGAUUUAUGGAUUA